AUGUUAUUCUUUUGGUCCAUUAUAUACUUGCUAGGAAUAGCCUAUGCAAGUCCAUCCUGCUAUGCGGUCUCUUUGGAAGCUGGAGGGACUCAUGGAGCAUUUGAGGCUGGAAGCCUUUGGCAGCUUGCUAAUACACCCACCGUUAAUUCUGCUUAUAAUGUUGUAAUAGGAAUUUCAACUGGGUCCUUAAAUGCUGGAGGUGUCGCUCAAUUUGCCCAAGGUAACGAAAAAGCUAUGGGAGAUUUUGUAGUCAAUACAUGGCUUACUCUAAAUGGAUCGCAAAGUACUUUUGUAGAGUGGCCAGGUGGGCUUAUUGAGGGUCUUCUCUUCCAAAGAGGACUGCUUGAUAAUAAGCCUAUGGCAGAAACUCUUCAGAAAAGAUACACUUAUGGGAUAAAUAGAAACAUCACAAUUGGUUCGACAGACUUACCUCCCCCGUUUAAGGCGAGUUUUUUUGAUCGUCCCUCAACAUAAACGAAUUUUUUUAGAUUCCUAAUUCGCAGAUUAACUCCAUCCUUUAAAUUUGAACCAAAGAAUCUGUUCCAAUUUUAGAAGGGUCAGCUAUUUUUAAGAAAAAUUAAUAUACAGUUUUUUAUAAAUAAAAAUAUAAAUUAAACGCAAUGUUUUAAAUUUUAAUUUGUUUUUAUAAAGAAUUAAUUUAAAAUAUUGAAAUAUUUAAAGUGCAAGCUGUUUAAAUAGCAUUCUAUUUGCACCCUCUUCAUGAAAUUAGAUCAGAAAUGGUUCAUAAAGUAAAAUUAAUAUUUUUACCUAUAAAAUAUUAACUUUUAUUUGGAUUUAAGAGGGGAAAUUUAUCAAAAAGGAAAGUUUUACCUAUGUUUUCUUCCAACUUAAAAGAAGAGAGUAAGAAAUUUUUGGAUGACAUUUAAAGGGGAAGUGGAUUUUCACUAAAAAAAUAGGCUUUUUCUAUAUUUUUUUGCUCUCCUAUAAAGGGGGAGCUAGAUACUGGUCUUUUCGCACAAUUUAACGAAAGUUUGGGCUCACAAGGAGUUUUGACAGCAAUAACCUGUUCAGCAUGCCCUGCAUUCUUUUUCCCUCCCACUAACUAUUUGGGUGCAACAUGGAUUGAUGGAGGUACUGUUAUUCUUCUCGAUUCCUAUGCAGCAGUUGAUAGGUGUCUUGAUGUCGUUGCAGAGCAGUCUCAAGUAACUGUCGACAUAAUUUUUACUGGGCCUUAUUAUGCUCUUCCAGCCGAAACCAAAAUGACAACAAUUGAUGUCUAUAAACGCGUGACAGAGAUCGCUUACUAUGAUGCAAAGAUGAAAAAUUACUAUAACGCUCUCACAGCGUGGCCUGAGGUUAAUUUUCGGUAUGCUAUUUUCCCUAGCGUUCAGAUGCCAGGAGGAUUUAUAGAGCCUCUUAAUUUUAAUCAAACAGUUCUUGAAUGGGAGGUUCAGCUUGGCAAAAAUGAUACAGCUAAUAUUAUCGCAAAAGGCGUCAGUGGUCGGGCUGUUUUGACUCAAAUGUAUGAGGAAAACAAGAAAAAUAUAAUUUAUCCUUAA